CUAGCAGUGUCGAUUUCUUACUGCCAUCGACACAGACCAAAGCAUAAGAGACAGAGAUGGAGAGCUUACGCACACAGUGCCAUCUGGCUAUAUGAGCUCUAUUUGGAAGUACAGUACUGUAACUGCUGUAGAAAAAGGAGGGGGUCCGACGCUGCACGAUAAGAUGGGGGACACUGAGGGCAUGGUGCUGGGCAGGGUGGUCGUCUACUCUGUGAUGGGCUGUCCCCAUUGUGUGCAGGCGAAGAACAGCCUUGGUCAGCUGAGGCUGCCUGUUUGUGCUGUGGACAUGGGAGAACACCCAGAGCUCUGGGGGAGGGUUAACGAGCUGACCGGACAAACCACAGUUCCUCAGAUCUUCUUCAACAGUGUCCACGUUGGGGGGGGCGAUGACUUACAGAAAUUGGCUCCAGAGGAGUUGGAGCGCCUAGUGCGCCUGGUGAGGGAGGAGGCUGUCCCAGCAGAUGGCCCACCCCUGCCACAGGAGAACCAAUCACCUGGCUCAGACACGGUUGGAGGUGUUAAUGGAGAAUUUAUGUGUGACAGGGAUUUAUUAGGGGAUGUGGUACAGGAGUUCAAGUGGAGCAGUGUGAUUGGAUGUCAGUGGAGUGGACUGAGCAUGUGCAGAAACAGCUUCACAGGAGCCGGCUGGCUGCAGAAGGACAGGGGCAUAGAGCGAAGUAAGGCUUGUGAGACUGGACAGUUGUUACUGGACAGGAAGUACAUGGUGGGCAUGGCUGAGAAAGGGAAGAGGGAGGAGUUUGAAGUGAGUGACAGUCUGUACAGGCUGAUGGAACCACACUCUGCCCUGAAUGCAGGACAGACUGCUGCAUGCUCCCCUUUAAAGGCUGCAGAGUUGUCAGUCAUUCUGAGGGAUAUGAUCCUGAAGUUGUUUUCGGAGUAUCUCUCCACUGAUGGAAAGAGUGUGGAUUACAAGGCAAUGUCCCUGAGCCCGGUGUUUGAGCACUACUGCGAGCUGGCAGUGCAGCUACAGAGAGUAGAGCUGCUGUCUCUGACCAGAGAGGAGAAACUAGCCUUCUUCAUCAACACCUAUAAUGCUCUGGUGAUCCACGGAAACCUCCGACUGGGAGCCCCCACCAACAUGUGGCAGCGUUACAGGUUCUUUAACUAUGUAAGCUACCUGAUUGGAGGAGAGGUGUUCACACUGCAGGACAUAGAGAACGGAGUUCUAAGGGGGAACAGAAAGGGUGUCGCACAGCUUCUCAGACCCUUCUCUAAGACUGACCCUCGCCUACAGGUGGCUCUCCCAGACGCUGAGCCCCUGGUCCACUUCGCCCUGAACUGUGGCGCUAAGGGCUGUCCACCCAUCAAAACUUACACUCCACAGGACGUCGACAGUCAGCUGCGCACUGCAGCAGAGGCCUUUCUGGAGGACGACGGCGGCUGUAUGGUGGAUUCUGAAAAGGGAGAAGUCCGUCUCAGCCAGAUUUUCAAGUGGUACAAGGCAGACUUUGGAGGCACGGACGAAAAGCUGCUGAACUGGAUCCUGGAGCACAUGGGGAAGUCGCCCAAGAGGUCCAGCCUGCAGAGUGUCCUCUCCUCUGGGAAGAUCAAAGUCAGCUACCUGCCCUACGACUGGAGCACUAACAACUCUCACUGAAGCAGAGGAACAAGCCAUAUAAACACACUGUUUUGUCAGCAACACAAAGAAGCCCAGCUCAGCGGGGCAGAUAGUACUAACAUCAGUAAAGAGGUCUGUAUGUUUAAUCCCACACUCUCCUCCUCAACUACCAGGCUACAGCAUGUGGACCAUUUUGGUCUGGUUUUACUUCCUCUUCCUGGGUCUUCCAUUUUGAGCCUUGAAAGUGUUAAUGCUGCAUUUUAGCACACCUAUUUAUUAUAAAUUGUAAAGCAUUGAUUAAAAAUAGAUAUAUUGAUACUACAUCCAAUAGGAAGGCUUGAAUUCCAUGCAUGUUUAUGAUCCAAGUCAACACGUGACACAUUUUUACUUUUUUAACAAGAGAAUAGUUGCCUAUUUAAAUAACUGUUUUGUUCCUAAUUGUAGUUUCAUCUGUUUAAUGCACACCAGAUUUAGCUUCUCUCUGAAUAACUAGGUACUGGUUCACUACAUUGCUUUCAGACAAAGCUUUGUUUUAUUAGCACUCUGAGUAUCUUCUAGCACAUUUGUCUACAGCUCUAUUACAGGACAAUAGAGGGGUAGAUUCCUUGCUACCCACAAUGCACUUGUGUUCUCAGGUCAGCUUCCCCAUGUUAGAGUGGGAGGAGAGGGCUUUCUUUGUGAACAGAAUCAAGAAAACUGUUUCUUCACAAUAGAUUUUGUUCACCAAUCCAACACGGUUUGUGUAUGUACAUCUAAUGAGGCAAGGGGUACUGUCAAGAAGGGAAUAACUCAAGCCUAGAAACUAUUUAUGCAUAAGCCUCAACCUUUUAACGGUUUGUCUCGUUCACUUACUGAAAUGCAUGUUACAAUGACUGGAAUGCCAUAUUAGUUUGAUGCAUGCAUUCAUGUAUGCCUGGGCUAGUGUAUGUUCUAACCCUGAAGCCUGUUGAUAGGAUGACCCUGUUCUUUAGCCAGUGCCUUUUAACCCUGCAUGACAAAUACCUCAGACCCUGGCCACAUCCAUUGCUAGUCCUCUUUAUCCCCACUUCUGACCCUGUUACACAUCAGCCCGUUGUAGCACAGAACUUAGUACUCCAUACUACCGCAGUGGUAACUACAUGUAAGUACUACUGUGUAGACCUGUUUGCAAGUUACUUUAACUUGGGCUGUGUUCUUCAAUCCUGAUCCUGGAUAGCCAGUGUUUUCCGACUUGUUCCGACACUUCACUGCCAGAACUGUGAACGAGACCAUGGCUAAAAUCCCAUGACCUUAUUCCCUUCAGCCCUCAAUUUGCAUGUUCAAGUGUCUCAAAGCUGAGGGAGUACAGCUGAUCAAGGAAUAAUUAGAAUCCAGUGGAGAGUUUGCAUCAAUUGAGCCUUUAAUAAGCAAAUUGGAAUUCCUUAAUGCACUACAUCUUCUCCUAAUUAUAUUUGUCUGAGGCUUGACAUGAUAGACCUUCUAAAGUAAAUGUUUAGUAAUGGUUCUCUAUCAUAUGCACAUUGUAUUUAGAAGUGGGACACGAUGUUCCAUCAAUCAAGUCAUGAGUGCAUCCCAUAGUUGAAGGGUUUAUAAUCUGCUCGGCCUCCACAUUUUGUCCGCAACACAUUGUAGGGCCACCCGAGCAAGUUGGAGUUAGGGACUGCUUUGAGGUUCAAGGUUUGAUUACCCCCAAGACCAGUAAUGAAGAACACUUAGUGGGGUUUUAAGUACCAACAAUGAGCUUUUACUCUGAAGGAGAGCUCAGUCUGCUACUAUGACUGUGUACCUCUUAAACUGACCUCAUCCCUCUUUGUACUUGAAAAAGUGAUGCAAACCUGUACAUAAUACUGUCAUUACUUUUGUCUGGCUCAAACUAUGAUCUAGCCAACUGAAGCAAUACUUUUGAUUGAAACUAUGAAAUUUGUGAUUUAAAAUAAAGAGUUUCUUAUAGUUCA